GGUGCGCGGGGGGGAGCCGGGCCGGCCCGGCCUCCCCCCUCGGGAAGGUUUGUGCGAAGCCAGCUUGGGCCGGAGAAUGGCCAGCGGUUCUGGGAAUAAUGCAUCCCUCUCUGUUCAGAAAGCUGCACACUCAGAAAAUUCCGGAGCAAAGAAGUCCCAGCAUUCAGAAGAAGAAAUCUUUUAUAUGAACUGCAGAGCAGCUUAUCUAACUGUUUUAAAAAGCAGCUUAGAAAAUAUUAAAUCAAAAGAACAACUCUGCUUAGUACUUCAACAGGCUGGAAGAAAUCCAUCUCAGAAGACACUUAAUAAAUACUGGACUUCACAAACAACCACACUGAAUUUUGAUGAUUUUUGUACUAUCUUAAAAAAAGAAAAAACAUCUACAAAAGCUGAACUGCUCAAAGCAUUUGGAAAAAUAGAUUUAGAUAAUUCUGGAUAUAUUUUACAUGAUGAACUGUAUAAAAUUCUUACAACAAGAUGUGAAAAAAUGACUCUGGAUGAAGUGAGUGCCAUUACUAAACUGGCUGAUUUUAACAGCAGUGGCAAACUUGACUACAACAAGUUUUGUGACUUAUACAUGACAACCAGUGAGCAGUGCUGCAAGACUGCACUAGAGAAACUGGAAGUUGACAGUCGAUUGAGGCGUCAGCAGUUUGGAAGUCAAGCUGAAACUUCUUCUGAAGGGAUUGCGCUGCCAGUAUCUAAACCAUCGCCAAGAGUCUCAAGGAAAGCUGAUCACAAACUUACAGCAAUGAAAGGGGACAGCAGAAUUUCUUCAAGACCCUCAUCAGCUCAAAGUUGCAAAGCAUCCAUUUCUUCCACUUUCAGCAUGAGUGCCAGUCGUAACAGAAACGCAAAGCUAAUUGAACCAAACACAGUAAAGGAAUGGCAAUGUGCACAAUCCAAAGGAUGCUUCUACUUAGAAGAAGAUGGUGAAAUCAUUAGUCACAAAUACAGAUUGCACUUACCUCAGAGGUCUACAGUAUGUAUUACCAUCAAGCCUUUAAACCUUUGUCAGGCAGAAGGAAAAUCUUGUCAUUGGUUGUCAGUGGAUACAGCUUUGUAUGUUCUGAAGGAAAAUGAAAGCCAAGAAAAUCUACAGCUCAUAAGCUUUACUGAACAACAAAAUAAAGAGAUGUUUGGAUGGAAAGGGGAGCUUGGAUCGGGAGUUUACUGGCUACUCCCAUUCACGACAGGCUGUAAACUCAAGAAGGUAAAACCUCAAAUUACUAGAGAAGCAAAACUGGUGUAUAGAGGUGAAGAUGGAGAACUGGCUCUUACUAAAGAGUUCCGAGCAGCUUUAUUGGAUGUAUUUGAAACCAUUGAUUUGGAUGGGAAUGGCCUUCUGAGUUUGGAGGAGUACAAUUUCUUUGAACUGCGGACUAGUGGUGAGAAAUGUGAUGAGGAAGCCUGGGCUGUGUGUAAAGAGAAUUUUGACAUGAAGAAGAAUGAACUAACAAGACAGGGAUUUAUGGAUCUGAAUCUCAUGGAAGCCAAUGACCGUGAAGGAGAUCCUAGUGACCUUUGGGUCACUUUAUUGUCACUGGGCUACAAUAAAGCAUUAGAAAUGAUAGAGGCAUGCCCCUUUGUCAUUGACGUCUAUGCAGAAAAAUGCAAACCCAGAAUUAAAGCCAUAUACCUAGAGACAGGCGGCUGGCAACUCAAUAGGGCCAUUUGCAAGUCUGUUGUUAAUAAAGGAGAGGCCAAAGUAAUGGAUGGUUGUGAAAACAUAAUUGUUUAUACCUACAAAACAGAUAUACGAAUCACUUCUGUUAUUGAAAAUAAGUCUGAAAACAAAGUGAUUAUUCAUGUCAAUAAUGAGCAGAGUAAGAACUGUCUAAGUAAUAGGGGACUCACGGUUUUUGCUGUUGAAGUGGCACCAAAAUCCAUGACGGUUUCCCAACAUGUGAUGCCACUGAAUGAGCAGGAAGAAUGGCUUUAUAAUUGUGUGCAUUCCCUCUUACGUUAAAUGCUCUAGUUAGAGCGCUGUUUUUUGGUAGCAUUCAAACUAAACCAGGAUUUCUUUUUCUCAAGUUCUAGAUAAUUUCUAGUCUUGUCCUCAUCCAAAAGCUGGCACAAAUUGAUAUUUCACUCCCAGACUUUCAUUUGUUAGAGUCAGUGAAUCACGUUAUCUACUUAUUUAUUUCUGAUAUCACACUUCUGCUAACGGCUUUUAGGAAACUGCAAGGUCUGAUGCUCACCUAUCUUAACAGUUUAAGGGAAUUAGAAAUAUAAAAGCUUUCGCUUAUCAACAGCUAAAAUAGGCUAAAGGGAGAAACAUUUUCUCUGUAGAAUAAACCGUGAAAACAUAAACCUGCAGGAAGAUGUAGGAGGAAUGAUUCCCUGUCUGAAUGACAAACAAACGUACAGAUGUGCAUCUUUGAUGACAUGAAUCACAUUUUGAACAUCUUCGAAAUAAUCCUCUUCCUCCAUUCUCCUGCAGAGCUUUAGCUGGUCACAUGCACUAUGUGGUGAGGAAUUUACACGCCAAGGGCUGCAAAUUAUUGUUUCUCCAACUCCCCUUCCUACUUAACAACCCUGAAGUUAACUGGAGAGGAAGCUCCAUGUAUUUCAUCUCCUUGAAUGUCCCAUCUCUGUUUUAGACCUAUCGUUGCCCAAAGCAGAGAAUAUGCAGUUUUAGCUAUUUUUUUCAUUUAUAUUAGGCUCUUGGCAAAAACUAUUUUUUUUUUCCACAGCUUGAAGACGUCUCCUAAAUUCUGUUACUGCCACAGGGUUAUUUUUUCUUUCUUUUUUUUUUUUUUUUAAAUAUCAUUCUUUAAUUUUAACCCCCAGCUGCUUUCCUUCUCAAUAUGCCCCAAAUUUUGUAACCAACAUUUAUUUUUACUUAUUGGAUAUCCUGUUAGCCUCCUUGAAUGCUUUCUCUUUUCAGCAGUGUGAUCACCUGUCAGUGUCGUGUGUGUUUGUUGCUUCCUACUUCCUACCUUCAGGGAAAAUUGUUCUUAUUUCCCUAACACGCCUUUCUUGUUCUCUGCCUAGUUCUCUUCCUAUUCAGCUUUCGUUAUUUCAGUUUCACACUAUUGUCUUUAUGGUUUUUCUUCUUCUUUUUUUUGCCCUGCAAACAGCCUAACUGGAAAGCUUUUUCUUUUCUUUUUGUACCAUGUAGCAUUCAAUCAAAUACUACUUUGAAGCUCACCGUUUUGACAUCUGAACCUUAACCAUUUGGUUUAUGAUUUUUCUAAUCAAGAUGAUAGAAAUUUGAGGGACUAGUCCUUGCUUUCCUGCAUGUUUUGAAGUGCCAACAUUAACAUUGGCAUCACAGGAAAAAAUCACGAUCGUUGAAAUUUUUUGAAACUAUUAUGACUCUAUAAAUUAAAAUUUUAAGACUUUUUAUAUUUGGAGGGGAGGGUAAGGGACGGGUGUUCUGGGCUUGCUGAGUGUCCAUGAAGGAAAUUUGAUGCUAUACAUAUUGCUGAAUAUGUCAUUAGAAAUGAAGACUGCAAUACUUGAGUGAAAGCUAAAUUACUGCUGCCAAGAGUAACUGCCAGUGCCAGUUACUUCAGUCUCUUAGUAUUUGUUUCUAGAGUAAUGCUCAUGGAACUCAUCUCUGUGUUCUGGGUAGCAAUAUUAUUUCCUGUUCACAAAUCGAAAUUGACAUUUAAACAAGCUCUGAAGAAAUACAUUUAUUAGAUUUAUUAUUAUAAAAUUUAUUAGUCUUCUCAUCACUAUGAUCAGAAAUCUAACUUAUGAUACACGAGACUGAAGUUUGACUUCUAAAUCUGUAUUUAAAUACCUAAAAUAAGAGGGCAGAUAUUUGAAAAUGUUGAGCAUUAACAAUAAGGAGAAUUUUAAGGGAUUUAAUCCACAUCCACAUAGACUAAAGAUAUAAAUUGAAUUUGGACUUCAUCUAUGUGUUUGCAGAAAUAUUCUCCCCUACUUACCGUUAAAAGUCAGCCUCUGAUAUAUAAACAUGUAUGCAAACAUAGUAUGCAAAAUCCUUUGAUGGAGUAGACUAUUCAACAGAUACUCUCUGACACAAUAAAUUUGGAAUGAAAACUUACUGAGAAACAAUAAAAAAUAGUAGUGUUCAAUAAUACAGCUGACAGUAAUAAGAUAAUUGCAUUUCUGUAAGGGCUAGCUUCCUUAAAUAUGCCUUUAUUUUCUGUAAUAUGUACUGUAAUUCCAUCUUAUGCUGGAAUUGCUUCACUGAGAAGAAAUUUGCUUUCUUAAAUUGAUCUGAUGGGUUACUAAUUCAACAUUCCUGUGGUUUUGACCUGGGAAAUAUAAAGAGGUGGGUUCUUGAUUUCAUUUUGCCACUUGAUAAAGAAUUUUUUCCUUUUUGAUUGUA